AUGGCCGUAUACUCAUCGGAUGAGUUGGUAUGGUGUCGGGUGUUCUCUCUUUCUCUCAAAGAAGAGGCGUUAGAUUGGUUUCACUCUUUGCAACCGGGCACGAUCGGUAACUUUGCUGAACUCAGGCAAUUGUUUACUCAACAAUACGCUGCAAACAAAACGCCCGGGAUGAUGUAUACAGCGCUAGUCAGGCUGAGACAGGGGCGCGACGAGUCCCUUAAGUCAUUCAUGGAUAGGUUCAGCCGCACCGCUCGGCAGGUACGAAACGCAGACCAGAGAUUGAUUGUGAGCGCGUUGACCACCGCCUUAAGGCCAGGACCAUUUUGUGACUAUUUGCAUGCUGAAGAGCCACAAAGCAUGGAUGAGCUGCAAAAUAGACUUGCCAGCUUCAUUCGAAUAGAAGAAGGAAGAGCCCACCACCGAGGUAGAGACGACGACGAGUCAUCAGUUCGUACGGUACGUGGAGGGAUCGAACAUCCGUUUGGUAGAAGAGACAGAGGAGCAGGUCUAAGAGGCAAGGAUCAAAACAGGAUGCAGAGGUACAUACAUCACACUCCAUUAAAUGCACCCCGAACGAGAGUGUUGGAGGAGGCGUUAAGGGCGGAUCUAAUAGCAGUGGUGCAAGUACCUACACCAGCCGGAGCUGAUGAAAGCAAGCAUUGCCGGUAUCAUCAAAAUCAUGGACACACCACAGAAGAUUGUGUCACGUUAAAAGACAAGUUAGAAGCCCUCGUUCAGGCGGGACAUUUGCAGAGAUUUGUCCAGAGAAGAGGGUCGACGGGGAAAAUCAGGCCACCAUCAACUCAACGAAACCCGCAAGUGAGAAGUCAGCAAAGAACGCAUCGGAGUAGAAGCAGGAGUGCCGAACGGGUUGUCAGGGGAGUAAUCAACACGAUUUCUGGAGGAUUCGCAGGGGGUGGUUCAACAUCAGCAGCCAGAAAGAGGCACCUCAGAAAUUUGCACAGUGCCAGCCGAUCGGGCUCGUCCAGGAGAUCUAUGCCAGCUAUCACAUUCACAGAUGAAGAUUUUCAUGCACCUGAUCUGGAACAAGAUGACCCGAUGGUCAUAACAGCCAUGAUUGCUAGAUACCAAGUCAGCAAAGUUCUUGUAGAUCAAGGCAGUUCGGCCAAUAUCCUCUACUGGAAGACAUUCAAGCAAAUGGAGAUAUCAGAAGAUGCUAUCAUGCCUUUCAAUGAGCAAAUUGUGGGGUUCGCUGGGGAAAGGGUGGACACAAAAGGGUAUGUAGACUUGAGGACUAGUCUGGGAACUGACAAGAAGGCCAAAGAAGUAAAGGUGCGGUUCUUGUUAGUGGAGGCCGAUACGUCAUAUAACAUUCUCCUUGGACGACCGUGCUUGAACAUGUUUGGGGCUAUUGUCUCGACUCCGCAUCUGACUUUGAAGUACCCUGCCGAUGAUGGGCAAGUAUGCACUGUUAGGGCCGAUCAGAAGAUGGCUCGAGAAUGUUACGCAGCAGGCUUAAAAAUAAGGCCCCGACCGACGAAUUUUCGAGCUACUCAAUCAGAAGUUGCCAUGAUGGAAUUGGAUCCCCGAACCCAUAUGGACGAACGAGUAGAGCCCUUGGGUGAUAUGCACCCCAUAGUCAUCGGAGAACGGGAAGACCAAUGCACAACCAUUGGGCGUAACCUCAAUACCGAUCAGGCUACGCUAAUUGAAGAACUUCUUAUAUAG